CGAAUCUAAAAACCAUCUCUCUGAAUCCGAGCAAUCACAAACCUUCGUCUGAACAGAGCAGCAGCCAUGUCUCUCACCAUCCCCACCAAUCUCUCCAAGCCCAUCGCUACCCCGAAGCUCAACCCCUCCAGAUCAAUCAGGCCGACCGCCACCCUCAUAAGAUGCUCCUCCUCCUCCUCCUCCCCUGACCAGGCCUCCGCCUCCGCUGCUUCCCCCCUCCAGGCCUUCUCCGCCGCGCUCGCCCUCUCGUCCAUCCUCCUCUCGGCGCCGCAGCCGGCUGCCGCCGACAUCGCGGGGCUGACCCCGUGCAAGGAGUCGAAGCAGUUCGCGAAGCGGGAGAAGCAGCAGCUCAGGAAGCUGGAGUCGUCGCUGAAGCUGUACGCCCCCGACAGCGCCCCGGCCCUGGCCAUCAAGGCCACCAUGGAGAAGACGAAGCGGCGGUUCGACAACUACGGCAAGCAGGGGCUGCUCUGCGGCACCGACGGGCUCCCCCACUUGAUCGUGAGCGGGGACCGGAGGCACUGGGGCGAGUUCAUCACCCCGGGCAUCCUCUUCCUCUACAUCGCCGGGUGGAUCGGGUGGGUCGGCCGGAGCUACCUGAUCGCCAUCCGCGGCGAGAAGAAGCCCACCGAGAAGGAGAUCAUCAUCGACGUCCCCCUGGCCUCCCGCCUCGUCUUCCGUGGCUUCAGCUGGCCCGUCGCCGCCUACAGAGAGUUCGUCAACGGCGAACUCGUGACCAAGGACGUCUAAUCUAAACUCCCCCGAUAUAAGGCGACUUUGGAGGAUACAAAGCUGGUGGGAGUGGAAAGCAUGGAUCCCCCCGGUAUCUGUCUUGUAUGAAUGAAUGCAGAUCGAAACAUUAGUUUAAUGUUUGUCAUUGGAUUGCACCUUGGUCCAUAUAUCUUCUGCCCUUCUGUUUC